CCACUCCCUGAUGUGGCCUGGUGGGCUCAGGGGCUGCCCUUGGCCAGGCCUGCAGCCCUACUUUAAUGGGUGGUGAAGCUGGCAGUCUCUGGGAGCGAGAGGGGGCUGGGAGGGAGCCGUGGGGUGGCAGGAGGCCAGGCUUUGGUGGGAACAGGUUAAGGCAGGUUUGAUUUCCUUAAAAUGCUAAGUUGGGGGCCAGUGGGACCAGCAUAUAAACCUCCACCCUGGGUGCCUGGCCACUCCGUUCUCCUUCCUGAGUCUCUCUCUGCCGCCUGGUCUGCCCCAGAUCCGAGAUGUCCAGUCCCCUGGAGCAGGCACUGGCCGUGAUGGUCACCACCUUCCACAAGUACUCCGGUCAAGAGGGCGACAAGUUCAAGCUGAGUAAGGGGGAGAUGAAGGAACUUCUGCACAAGGAGCUGCCCAGCUUUGUGGGGGAGAAGGUGGAUGAGGAGGGACUGAAGAAGUUGAUGGGAGACCUGGAUGAGAACAGCGACCAGCAGGUGGACUUCCAGGAGUACGCUGUUUUUCUGGCCCUUAUCACUGUCAUGUGCAAUGACUUCUUCCAGGGCUCCUUACACUGACCCUGAGGCAGAGCCCUUGACUACCUCCAUGGGUCUUUUGGGUCCAGGACUCUUGAUACCUUUCAAUUUUGUUCUCAAUAAACUUUUUUUGUCUGUUGAUAAUC